AUGUCUGACUUGAAGCGCCCCGUCGUUGGGCUAUCCAUCUCGAUGCCCGUCAUAGCCACCUUUGUGGUCGCUCUUCGUUUCUUCGCUCGUACAUCCAAGAAGCUGAGCCUCGGAGCAGACGAUUAUUUAGCCCUUGUUGCUUUACUAUUCUGUUAUGGCCUUUCGGCGACCACUCUUGCAGGCGUCUUUCUUGGCGGCCUUGGUGGGCAUUUGAAACUUGGUCCAAAUUUCGUACCCGUCGACCUCAAGGCCUUCACCAUCUUCUCGCAGACUCAAUGGAUCCUGCAGUUCAUUUGUAUUCCAGCUCUUGGAUUGACGAAACUCAGUGUUCUCUUCUUCUACAAACGAAUUUUUGCCCCCAAACCCUUCCAGACAAUGACAUGGGUCAUGGCAGGCUUAGUGAUUGCGUGGAACAUCAGCUUUUUCUUUGCGAAUCUCUUGGAUUGUCUCCCCUUUGAGCUCAACUGGCGCCAGCAGGCUGGGGUAUCGGGCAAAUGUAUCGAUAUCAUUCAGGUAUUUUGGGCUGUUUCCAUCUCAAAUAUUCUGUUGGACGUAGUUGCCGGCAUCGUUCGAACCGUAUUGUCUGCUCAAGGUGUCACCUCACAGAGCACCGAUCUUGAUUACACAUACAGCCGCUCCCCUUCCGUUUACUGGCUCAUAGUCGAGGCGAACGUUGGUGUGAUCAGUGCCUGUUUACCGACAGUACAGCCGCUGUUCCCAGCUCUCAAACUGGACAAUAUUAUGAGUUCCAUGAGGAAGACUCUUUCCUGGCGAUCAAAAUCGUCUACAUCCCUCCACUCUAACGAUACUCAUCCGAACCUCGUGCACAGGGAGAAGCAUUCUGACCCAUAUAACAGCUACACAACUGUUGAGAGCUCGCGUGGGUACUCUCCCCCAGACCAUCAGCGUGGGGUAGAGGUCACGAGGGAGAUCCAGAGGACUCACGACAUGGUGUAG